AUGGAGAGUUCUAUAAUUACGGCUAAGAUUAUACAAAAAUUUCCUGAGUCAUCUCAAUUACAAUCAAAAUCAAAUCAGGAGUUACAAGUAGGAACUGUUUCCUUAUAUGGUGUUCAUAUUGUUUCAUUAAUAAUUGAAAGCCAAGAAAGGCUAUGUCUAGCACAAAUUAGUAAUACUCUCCUAAAACAGUUUAGUUACAACGAGAUACAUAAUAGACGAGUAGCUCUUGGCAUAACAUGCGUUCAAUGUACACCAGUUCAAUUAGAAAUUCUUCGACGUGCUGGUGCUAUGCCAAUGUCCUCAAGAAGAUGUGGUAUGAUCACCCGUAGGGAAGCAGAACGUUUAUGUAAAUCUUUUCUUGGUGAUAAUGCACCACCUAGGUUACCGGAGGACUUUGCAUUUUUGGUUCAUCAUGAAUGCGCCUGGGGUUGUAGAGGUGCAUUCGUACCUUCACGGUAUAACAGCUCACGUGCUAAAUGUAUAAAAUGCGCUAUCUGUGGUUUGUUCUUUUCUCCAAAUAAAUUUAUCUUUCAUUCUCAUCAAUCCGGAACAAGUGAUAAAUAUAUUGAACCAGAUGCAGCCAAUUUUAAUUCUUGGCGCCGGCAUAUGAAAUUAUCUGGAAAUCCGCCAGAUGAAAUUAUUCAUGCUUGGGAAGAUGUUAAAGCUAUGUUUAAUGGUGGAACUCGGAAACGCAUUCUUUCUAAUUCUAGUAACACUAACCCAAAUAUAUCAGAAAAAAAUAGACGAAUUUCAUCUAGCACACAAGUUAAUUCGUUAUCUGUACAAAGUUCAUUGCCCGAACUAACUUCUGCAUUAGCUUCUAUAUCAGAAAUUGAGCAACAGAGAGUAACUCCUUUUUCAGAUUUAAGACUACGAAUACCUAGUAAUAGUGUUAUUGAUUAUAUGUGGAAUCAGCAACAACAAGCUACUAUUACUGGCGAUGUUAAAACCCCUGGAUUUUCAUUCCUAUCUUACCUUCCAUGGUUGACCAAGAGGAGCUCCGUUAUAUUUCCUAGUAAAUUUGCUAUAAUAAAAUAUUGA